AAAACUAACACUGUUGUCUUGACCAAAUGCCCUAUACCCUGAAACCAUUUACUGAAUUGGUCACCCUUUUUUUUGCCGCGAUAAACAACUUGCACAUAUAUUCUCACCAAUUUAAACAGAAUUUGAUUUUCUAAUAACGCGUCUUACGUAGUGGUAGACAGAGCCAGCAAACGUGUAUCGCCGAAAUGAAAUUUGUCCCACUGCAACUUCCGUAUUUUCAGUCACCCCAAAAUGGCUUCUGUCGGCGUUGACAACGAUUUGAUCGAUACUGAUUUGCCCAAAGUUGUCGAACUGCUGGACAGUCUAACAGAACAGGUUGCAGCAGUUACCAGUCAUGUUCAACAGCUGAUAACCAAAGUUAAGAAUGGUGCUUUUAACACAACAAAGGGUUUGUCAUUUCUGGAUCUUCGCUAUCACCUGCUACUCUUCUAUCUUCAAGACCUCACUCACCUGAUCAGCGUCAAGACGGAAGGUGAAAAAAUAAAAGACAGCGAAGCGUUAACCCGAGUGGUGACAGUCAGGACGGUUCUAGAGAAGAUGCGACCUCUUGAUCACAAACUCAAGUACCAAAUUGAUAAACUGGUCCGCACAGCUGUCACCGGCAGUUUGCCUGAAAAUGACCCGCUGCAGCUGCGUCCCAACCCAGAGAAUCUAAUGAGUAAACUGAGUGAGUCUGAAGAUGAUGACGACGACGACCCGGCGCCACAGAAGAAAGUGAACCAGUCGAGUGGCAAGAAAUACAUUCCGCCCAGGAUUGCGGCUGUAUAUUAUGACGGCGACAUGACUGAAGCAGACAAGAAGAAGGCUCAGGUGGAGCGUCAGCGGCGAGCGGCGCUGAGAAGCUCCGUGAUCCAGGAGCUGCAGCAGCAGUACAGCGACGCUCCCGAGGAGAUCCGAGAAAGACGGGACUUCCAGACUGAGCGGGAAAGCCGGGAGGAGCUCCAUAGGAAACAUUAUGAGGAAUCCAUGAUGGUUCGACUGAAUGUGUCAAAGAGAGACAAGAACUCCAGAAAGCGAAGAAUGAUGUCCAUGUCCGGUCAACUGGGUGGAAUCACCCACUUUGGUGACAUCACAGCGCUGACGAACGGCGGUCAGGAUAUUGACAACCCUCGGCCCAAGAAAAAGAAGCAGAGCGCGAAGAAGAAACUGAAACGAAAAGCUUUCAAGAAGCACAAAUAGACCAGCGAGGAGCUGUCAUCACUUCACAUUUUACAUCUCUGUGUAGAAAAUGUUCAACUGUUUUGUUGAAUAACAAUAAAUAAAUGAAAUGUAUGGAGUUCCUCUUAUCUUCUUCUUAAAGAAAAAUAAAUGGUAAAUAUAGAAUUACACUUUGA